AGAAAUUACCCAACGUCCUGUGUAACUGAUUUUAUUCCUGCAACUUCAACGUCAUGCGGAUUAAAUUCACUCAACCUCGCAACAUUGUUUUCAGGGAUGACAAGGGAAAUUUACCUUACUGCUUUGCCUCGUGAAUUAUAUUUCUACAUUUAUUUGUAGUAGUAGAUUACUUACUUUGUCCUGCUGUUAGUUUAAUGGAAACGUGCUUACUCGAAAACACAAUGCCUUGCCAUAACCAGCAGCUGAACAAUAAAGUAAAUGACAGUCAAGAUCACGCUUCUAAACAAGUCAGGUUCAGCAAUAGCGGCUUUCAGGAACAAUCGGAACCGUUCUCCGACGGAGAUACCGGACAUAAUAUCGACACCGUAACAUUAUUAAGUAGCGAAGCACAGGGACUGAUUGGACCCCAGCUAAAACUCCUUCCACUGAAUGACCAAAUACGAGAACUACAGACCAUCAUAAGAGAUACGUCGACCAGUAGAGGUGAUUUUGUGUUUUGUGCAGAUAGACUGAUCAGGUUAGUGGUUGAAGAAGGACUCAAUCAGCUUCCAUACAGCGAAUGCACUGUCACCACUCCAACAGGGCACAAAUAUGCUGGUGUUAAGUUUGAGAAGGGUAACUGUGGAGUCAGCAUCAUGAGGAGCGGGGAGGCUAUGGAACAGGGCCUGAGGGACUGCUGCCGGUCCAUCCGCAUUGGGAAGAUCCUUAUCCAGAGUGAUGAGGAGACCCAGAAAGCCAAAGUUUACUACGCCAAAUUCCCCCCGGACAUCAGUCGCCGGAAGGUUUUGCUGAUGUACCCCAUCCUCAGUACAGGAAACACUGUGAUCGAAGCGGUCCGAGUUCUACGAGAACAUGGAUUACAAGCCAAACACAUCAUUCUCCUCAGCCUUUUCUCCACACCACACGGUGCAAAAUCAAUCAUUCAAGAGUUUCCUGACAUCACCAUACUGACAACUGAAGUUCACCCGGUAGCUCCAACACACUUUGGCCAGAAAUAUUUUGGUACUGACUGACCAAGAUACACAUCAAUAUGUUACACACACUUACUCUGCUAUCAGUGCAGUGUCUGUGCUCUGACAGGUCAAAACAGAAAUGUGUCUAUGUGUAUAUCUUUGUUUAACUUUAGCCUCUUUGAGAUUUGUUGCCUUAAUUAGAUCUAGUACCUGCACAAGUCAGUACAACACAGAACAGCAAAUACAUCAACAUCAUGUGAUGGAAUUCCAUGGCGCAAGGAAGAAAAGUGCGAAGAACCACAAUCCAGACUGGUGGACUAAAUUGGCGUUCUUGUUGCAUGUACUGCUGCACUACACUCAUCCUUCUGCUUACUCAUGUGUAGGUCAUUGGGAGAAAAUAAAAAAUAAACUGAAUGAAUAAACUAA